AUGGGCCUGCUCCACAAACUAAUCGGGAAAUAUCACAAAGACAAGCCCAAUGGGAGGGGAAGGAGCAGUCUCAGGUCUCUCCGCCAAAUCACCCGUCAUCCCGACCACUGCUGGACAAAGGCGCCGCCCUCCCAAUCAGACCCUGCCAGCACAAGGUCACCUCCUUCCGACACCAACUCUGCCUGCCCAAGGUCACCCCCCUCCCACGCCGAAUCUGCCUGGACAAGGUCGCCCCAGUCCCACGCGGACCCUGCCUCCCCAAGGUCGCCCCCCUCCCACGCGGACCCUGACUCCCCAAGGUCGCCCCCCUCCCACCCCGCCCGCUGGCUGAAGAAGACCCGCCUGUCCACCGUGCAGCGGCAGUACCGGGUGGCCAAACUGCUGCUGCUGGUGACGUCAGUGUUCAUCCUGUCAUGGCUGCCGUACUGGGUCAUCAGUCUGUACGACAUCGACAGGCCGAGCUGGCUGCUGUCCCAGCCCGAGCCCGUCCAGAGGACUGUCGUCUUCUUCUCCAACUUCUACUUCAUCAACAACGCCGCCAACCCCAUCAUCUACACCUUCGUGCAGAAGGACUUCAGGGACAGGCUGGCUAAACUCUUCAAAUGUGGUCGGACCUAGUCUACACAUAACUGUUACAGUACUUAUGGAGACUUUAGAAACAGGCUGGCUAAACUCUUCAAGUGCGGUCGGACCUAGUCUACACAUAACUGUUACAGUAUGGAGACCAGAGACAGGCUGGCUAAGCUCUUCAAAUGUGGUCGGACCUAGUCUACACUUUACUGUUACAGUAUGGAGACUUCAGGAACAGGCUGGAUAAACUAUAUUCAAGUGUGGUCGGACCUAGUCUAUUGACACAUAGCCUGACUAAAAUCGGGCUCCUAGCGGCCGGCCCUACAGUUGGUGCCCUAUCAUUAUUAAACCCCAGCCAGCGAGAGAUUAUGUAAACACAGGCUGGUCUAC